CCACACCAUCAUCAUCAAUCUCAAUGAAACCAAAAAAUAAAUAAAUAAAUUUGGCCAUUGUUAUCCUCAUUUCGCCAAAUUCUAAAACUGCAACAGGGUUUUCUUAUCACCCCCUCACACAGACUAUUUCUGGGUGCUUUAAAAAGCAAAAUACUGUCAUUUCUGGAAUAGACGAAAAAGAAGACUUGUGCACGAGAUUCUGAGUCAUUGGGCCUAAAAUUCCGAUAGUUUAUUAUACAUGGGCUGAUUGCACAUUUCAUGGGAGGUGCAGAGAAUGAAGAACCACCCUCAAAACGUGUGAAAACAAUCCCUAGAGAACUAAGAGGUCUUUCAAACGGUAAGUUACCAAAAGAAUCUUCAAUGGCCCGGCUUUUAAAUGAUGAAGUAAUUGGUUCAAAUGGAGUUAAAAAGGAAGAGUUUGUUCGAAUCAUAGCUGAAGCAUUAUAUUCUCUUGGAUAUAGUAAAACCGGGGCUUAUCUCGAAGAAGAGUCGGGAAUACCAUUGCAUAGAUCAUUUGUUACUUCUUUCAUCAGACAAAUUCUUGAUGGUAAUUGGGAUGAUAGUUUAGCUUCAUUGCAUAAAAUUGGCAUAGUGGAUGAUACUAUAAUUAAAUUGGCUUGCUUCAUUAUAUUACAACAGAAGUAUCUAGAACUUUUAGAUGGAGAUAAGGUAAUGGAUGCUUUGAAGACACUAAGAACUGAGAUAGCACCUCUUUCGAUUAAUAAUUUGAGAGUCCGUGAGCUCUCUUCCCUCAUCUUAUCUCCUUCACAGAGGAUCAUCAGUAGAUUAUCUGGUCAAGAUUUGGUCAAGUCAAAGUCUCGGUCAGAGCUACUUGAGGAUCUGCAGAAGUUAUUUCCUCCAACAGUGAUGAUACCAGAAGGAAGGUUGUUACAGCUAGUAGAACAAGCUCUUGACCAGCAACGGGAUACCUGCAUGUAUCAUAAUUCUUUGGUCGGGGAAACUUCAUUGUUCACUGAUCAUCGUUGUGGAAGAGAUAAUAUACCUUCGAAAACAGUGCAAAUUUUGCAUGACCACCAUGAUGAAGUUUGGUACCUGAAGUUCUCUAAUAAUGGAAAAUACUUGGCCUCAUCAUCGAGUGAUCAUUCUGCAAUCAUAUGGGAGGUAAAUUUGGGUGGUAGGGUCUAUUUAAAGCACAUAUUAAUUGGCCACCAAAAACCUGUCUCAUGUGUGUCAUGGAGCCCGGAUGAUGAUCAGAUCCUGACAUGUGGUGUAGAGGAAGUAAUCAGGCGUUGGGAUGUUUGCUCUGGUAAAUGUAUCCAGGUUUAUGAAAAGAGUCUUAAUGGUUCAAUAUCAUGUAGCUGGUCUCCAGAUGGGAAAUUGAUUUUGGCUGGUCUAACUGAUAAAAGCAUAAUCAUGUGGGAUUCGGAUGGCAAAGAGAUAGAUUGUUUGAGGGGACAAAAGACUCUUAAAAUCUCGGAUUUGCAGUUAACUAGUGAUGGGAGGUUGAUUACUAUCUGUACGGAAAAGACAAUACUUGUUCAUGAUAGAGAAUCAGGGACAGAAAGAUGUAUCAAGGAGGAUCAAAUGAUAGUUUCAUUCACUUUAUCUGCGGAUCAUAAGUUCUUGCUGGUUAGUCUUGUAAACGAAGAAUUACAUCUUUGGAGUAUUCAGGGGCAUAUCCAACUUGUUUCAAAGUAUAGGGGUCAUAGACGUUCUCGCUUCAUUGUUAGAGCUUGUUUUGGUGGAUUUCAGCAAGGAUUUAUCGCCAGUGGUAGUGAAGAUUCACAGGUUUAUGUAUGGCAUAGAGGAUCCGGAGAGCUGAUUGAAACAUUGGUAGGCCAUGGGGGUGCUGUAAACUGUGUCAGCUGGAACCCUGCAAACCCACAUAUGUUGGCCACAGCUAGUGAUGAUCGGACAAUAAGGAUCUGGGGUUUAAAUCAUGCUAACACAAAAUCAAAUAGUUUCAUUCGUUAUUGCAAUGGAGCAAGUUAAAACAUUGAUCUUGUAGCGGUACCAAGUAUUCAAAUUACUUGUUUACUUUCUUAUUUACUGGGUUCAUGUACAUAUCUGUGUUUCAUUUUGUUACACAACAGAUAUUCAUAAUCACAAUUGGAAAUGGUUACGUUACUGCUUGAUUAGUUUUGUAAAGACUCGGGCUAACAUCCCAACCCCUACUUAGGCACUUAAAGGCUAACCUAGUGUUUGAUUU